AUGGGUGACAACGAAGCCCCAGCUAGGAGAGUCGUCGCAGACUACGCCAGGCCGAAUGCGGCUAAUGCUCGUUCCAGCAUUACCCGACCCGCUAUCGGGGUUAAUCGCUUGCAGAUUCCACCCCAGAUCAUCACGAUGGUUACGAACACCAUCCAAUUCCAUGGACUACCUUCUGAGGACCCGAAUGUCCAUCUCUCGCGCUUUUCAGCUAUCUGCGAUACGUUCCAGGAGCAAGGUGUCACCGAGGAUGCCUGCAAGCUGCGCCUAUUUCCAUUCUCGCUCGCUGACCGCGCCCAUGCUUGGUUGGAAUCCCUUCCUGCGGGAUCCAUUACUACUUGGGCCGGUAUGAAAGAAAAAUUCUUAGAUAAGUAUUUCCCUCCUUCCAAAAUCGCUCGUCUGAGGAGCAUGAUCCAAGAGUUUCGUCAAAAGCCCCACGUUGGAGGAGAUGCUGAGGCAGAACCAGGAGACAAUGAAGCAGCAUCAAGAGACCCUGGUUCAGCAGACACAGUUACUGACUCAGUUCAUGACCAGAGAGGAGGCACGACAUCAGGAGAACCAGUCGCGAUUCUUGGAGCAUGA